AUGAAGAGGGAAGCAUCCUCCAUGAAGAAGGAGAUCAAAUCUCUUGAAUUAAAGAUGAAAAAAUUGGAGGAUCAGGCCGAGGAUGCUACUAAGGCCCAGCAGAUGGCCGAAGAGAAAGCAGAGUCUGCUGAAGCUAUCCGCAAAGUAGCUGAAGCUGAGAAGAAAGACGCCGAAGUAAGAAAGGCCCAGGCAGAGAAGGAGCUCCAGCAGGCUUUGGCCACCAAGGAGGCCGAAGCCGAUGCCAUUCCUUUACCAUUUCCUCCUCCAAGUCAGGUUGAAUCAGAGACUGAGGCUGAUGCCGAAGAUGAGGAUGAAGGAAAAAAUGAUGAUGAGGCCUUGGUGAGAAAACCCAAAGAUGCUGCUGAAGCUAAGUCCCCUCCUCCUGCUGAGCAAGUGAUGGAUUUAACCUUGGAUGAGGAGGGUGACGAGGUUGGGGGGGCACCCAAGGAAAUUGCCAUCGGGCAACUAUCAUCCGACCUUCUUUUGGCUAAAAGAAAUCUAGACAAUACGCUGGCUGAGAUUGAUGCUGAGAUUGAAGCAGAAAAGGUUGCCGAGGAAGUUCCACCAGAAUCGUCCGAGGUCCCAGUCCCUGCAGCGGCUAACACUGAAGAGUCUUGA